ACAAUUUCUGCUUUUUUUCAUAGAACUUCUCUUUACUUGAUAAUCUAUAAUUUGCAGGUCUGUUUGUGCAUCAUAUCCCCAUCGUCAACAUCAAGGAUUCUUGGAAAAGCCUGUACUGACGGAUGUAAUUUUGCUUGAACUGAUAGAAUCUUCAACAACUCCACCAGCAGAUUAUUUUCAACUUUUAGGUGCAGGAUUUGUGCACCAAGUUGAUGCGAAUGGAACAAGGUAUCUUGCUCGAGGGAUUAUCUUUUGCGACAUAGAGUUGAUGUCGCCUUGUAUUUUGGAAGCCGCUGUGAAAGUGAGGACUGUUGCACUUGGCUGCGUUAAAGAAUCAUAUAGAGUAGUCAGAUGCGCUGAAACCAUCAAGAAAUGGCUGGAGGUAAUGGGCAUGGAUAAGAAAGGCUUUUUACUCUCGGCCUCGUUCCCUGAAGUUAUUGAUAAAACUUACUUGAAGCUGUAA